AAAACUGGGUUUUUCCUCGUGUACUUGUUCAUCUUAUCUCCUCUGCAUAAAAUUAAAAACUUCAUAUUCAAGAAAGAAAAUCUUUUUUUUUGGUUGAUCUCUUUAAUUGAAAUCCAUUUGGGUUUUAAUUUAAUCUCCAAGAAGACAAAAAAUGGAUAUGAGAAGCCAUGAAAUGAUAGAGAGAAGAAGAGAAGACAAUGGCAACAACAAUGGUGGUGGUGUUAUUAGUAACAUCAUUAGUACUAAUGAUGAUAAUUGCAAUGGUAAUAACAACAACAACACUCGUGUCUCUUGCAACUCUCAAACCCUAGAUCACCACCAAUCCAAGUCUCCGUCUUCGUUUUCCAUCUCCGCCGCAGCUAAACCCACCGUAAGGUACCGUGAGUGUCUGAAGAAUCACGCGGCGAGCGUCGGAGGAAGUGUACACGACGGAUGCGGCGAGUUUAUGCCGAGUGGUGAAGAAGGAACAAUCGAAGCUCUCAGAUGCGCUGCUUGUGAUUGUCACCGUAAUUUCCACCGGAAAGAAAUGGACGGCGUUGGAAGUUCGGAUUUGAUCUCUCACCACCGUCAUCACCACCACCACCAUAACCAGUACGGUGGAGGAGGAGGAGGGAGAAGACCUCCGCCGCCGAAUAUGAUGCUUAACCCACUCAUGCUUCCUCCACCGCCGAAUUAUCAGCCGAUUCACCACCACAAGUAUGGAAUGAGUCCUCCCGGAGGAGGAGGAAUGGUGACGCCGAUGAGCGUUGCUUACGGCGGAGGAGGAGGAGGAGCUGAGUCGUCUAGUGAAGAUCUGAAUCUGUACGGACAAUCAAGCGGAGAGGGAGCUGGUGCGGCGGCAGGACAAAUGGCGUUUUCGAUGUCGUCGUCGAAGAAAAGAUUCAGGACAAAGUUCACGACGGAGCAGAAGGAGAGGAUGAUGGAGUUUGCGGAGAAGCUAGGGUGGAGGAUGAACAAACAAGACGAAGAAGAGCUUAAAAGAUUCUGCGGUGAGAUCGGAGUUAAGAGACAAGUCUUCAAAGUUUGGAUGCAUAACAACAAGAGCAAUGCCAAGAAACCACCAACACCAACAACUCUCUAAUCAAUCACUGAUCAUAUGAUUAAUUGA